AUGGCCCCCGCUAAGACCGACACCAAUUGGUCCGUCAAUUACGACACUCUGAGACGGGAAAACCUGUUCAGAAACCCUCCGAGUGACCGAACCGCAUAUCCCGCCUUGGCCGAUGCCAUCAAACCUCAUAUUGAUUCCUUCAAUGCGCUUUUCGACGGCAGCAAAGUCUUGGAGGCCGGCCUGAAAGACAUCGGAACGAAGACAUUCAUCGAUGGCGAAGGCGAAACCCCCGAACAGAAGAAAGCUCGGCAAGCUGAAGGACGGAAACCGCCCAAGCGGAACAAGCUGAAUGUCCGCAUCAGAGAAGUUUUCCUCGAGCGGCCGGAGAUUCCGCCGACAAACAAAUUUACCACUCGCAACCGUAAUAUCUACCCAUCUGAAUGCAGAGAACGACAUGCGACCUACCGGGGGAAGUUGCGCGCAAAGAUCGAGUACCAGGUCAACAAUGGCGAUUGGGUGGACUCGACUAGAGAACUGGGUCAGGUUCCUAUCAUGAUGAGGACCAACCGAUGCCAUUUAGAAAAGGCGACCCCGGAACAACUCGUGCAGCAUAAGGAAGAAUCGGAGGAGCUUGGAGGUUAUUUCAUUGUGAACGGAAACGAGAAGUUGAUCCGAAUGUUGAUUGUUGGAAAGAGGAACUUUCCUAUGGCCAUCGUCCGUGGCUCCUUCGUCAAGCGUGGUCACACCUACACCAAAUACGGUGUGCAAAUAAGAUCCGUACGACCCGAUCAAACAUCGCAAACGAAUGUCCUGCACUACCUCAAUGACGGCAAUGUGACUUUCCGUUUCUCGUGGCGAAAGAACGAGUUUCUUGUCCCCAUCAUGAUGAUCUUGAAAGCGUUGGUGGAAACGAACGACCGCGAAAUCUUCGAAGGAAUCGUCGGCAGUUCCUCGUCUGAGGGUAUUAACAACACUUUCGUGACCGAUCGAGUGGAGCUGUUGCUGCGGACAUACAAGGGAUACGAGGUGAACAGUCGCUCGAGUUGCCGUGCCUACCUGGGAGAGAAGUUCAAGCCCGUCCUCGGAGUCCCAAUGGACAUGUCGAACGAAGAUGCCGGUACGGAGUUCCUUCGCAAGGUGGUUUUGCCACAUCUGGGCAAUCACAACGUCACCGAGACCCAGGACUACGACAAAUUCAAGAUGAUUAUGUAUAUGAUCCGGAAGCUGUAUGCCCUCGUUGCUGGUGACUGUGCUCCUGACAACCCCGAUGCUGUUUCCAACCAGGAAGUUCUGCUGGGCGGUUUCUUGUACGGAAUGAUCCUGAAGGAGAAACUCGAGGAAUGGGUCAGAUCGUUCGGCCCGGUUCUUAGAGACUGGUCCCUUCGCAACCACGGGGCCAGGUUCACUGACCCGGCGUUCGAGCGUGACUUCUUAAGCAAGAUAGUCAGGAGAACCAACGAAAACCUCGGUGGUACGCUAGAGUACUUCCUUUCAACAGGCAACCUCGUUAGUCCCACGGGUCUUGAUUUGCAACAGACGUCCGGUUACACGGUCAUGGCUGAGAAGAUCAACUUCUACCGAUUUAUCAGUCAUUUCCGAAUGAUUCACAGAGGUAGUUUCUUCGCCCAACUGAAGACUACCACCGUCCGAAAGCUUCUUCCAGAGAGUUGGGGUUUCCUCUGCCCUGUGCACACGCCUGAUGGAUCUCCAUGUGGUCUGCUCAACCAUCUUGCCCACAAAUGCUUGAUCUCCACCAGCGAUGUGGAUGUUUCGCACAUCCCAAGGUUGUUGAUCCAACUAGGCGUGCGCUCCGAGUCGUCUGUCUCGGUGGAGGAGAGUGUUCCUGUCCAACUGGACGGCAGAAUUGUCGGAUACUGCUCACCCAAACAGGCCCGUGUGGUUGCCGAUACGCUGAGAUAUUGGAAGGUGACGGGCACUCACAACAUUCCGCUGGAAUUGGAAAUCGGCUACGUCCCCAACACCAACGGUGGUCAAUACCCCGGUAUCUACAUGUUCUCUCAGUCCGCUAGAAUGUACCGACCCGUCAAGUACCUGCCCCUCGACAAGCUCGACUACGUGGGCCCGUUCGAGCAGCCCUUUAUGGAGAUUGCAUGCGUGCCGUCCGAUCUUAUCUCGGGCACCUCGACUCACAUUGAAUUCACACCCACCAACAUCCUUUCUAUUGUCGCCAACAUGACGCCCUUCUCCGACUACAACCAGUCCCCUCGUAACAUGUACCAGUGUCAGAUGAGCAAGCAAACGAUGGGUACGCCGGGUACAUCUAUCGACUUCCGCACAGACAACAAGCUCUACCGGCUGCAAACAGGUCAGACGCCGAUUGUGCGGCCGCCUCUCUACAACGCCUAUGGCCUGGAUAACUUCCCCAACGGCACCAACGCAGUCGUGGCUAUUAUCUCCUAUACGGGUUAUGACAUGGAUGACGCUAUGAUUAUCAACAAAUCCUCCCACGAACGUGGCUUCGGUCACGGUACGGUUUACAAGACCAAGAUCCACUCGCUUGACGACAAGGAUUCGCGACGAGGCAAGUCCAGGCGCGAAAUCACCAAGUUGUUCGGCUUCGCGCCGGGCGCCGAGAUUAGGGCCGAAUGGCGUAACACGAUCGACGAAGAUGGACUGCCUCUUCUCGGUGCUAAGGUUCGAGAGGGCGCUCCCGUUGCCGCAUGGCAUAACGUGCGCUACGAUCCCGCCUCAGACUCGUAUGUGAACGUUGACGGCCUCACCCACUUUGUCAAGUACAAGGAUUCCGAGGAAGGAUACAUCGAAAGCGUCCGCGUCAUGGGUGCUGAAAGCGGUCUUGAGCCAUGCCAGUCCAUCAGUGCCAAGUACCGAAUUCCCAGAAAACCAGUCAUCGGUGAUAAGUUCUCUUCGCGUCACGGACAGAAGGGUGUCUGCUCUCAGCUCUGGCCCGCUGUGGAUAUGCCAUUCUCCGAGAGUGGCAUGCAGCCCGACCUCAUCAUCAAUCCUCACGCUUUCCCGUCUCGUAUGACCAUCGCCCAGAUGAUCGAAUCCAUGGCCGGCAAGGCCGGUGCCCUCCACGGCCACGCCCAGGACUGCACUCCCUUCCAGUUCUCCGAAGAGAACACGGCCACGGAUUUCUUCGGCGAGCAAUUGCGCAAGGCCGGAUACAACUUCCACGGCAACGAGCCCCUCUACAGCGGUAUCACGGGUAAGGAGUUCGCCGCGGACAUCUUCAUGGGUCUCGUCCACUACCAGCGUCUCCGUCACAUGGUCAACGACAAGUUCCAAGUCCGAACCACCGGUCCCGUGAACCAGCUCACCGGCCAGCCCGUUAAGGGUCGUGCCAAGGGAGGUGGUAUCCGUGUCGGAGAGAUGGAGCGUGACUCGCUCAUCGCCCACGGUGCCGCCUUCCUCCUCCAGGACCGUCUCAUGAACUGCUCCGACUCCACCCUCUCCUGGAUCUGCCGCGACUGCGGCUCCUUCCUCUCCACCCAGGUCGCCGUCUCUUCCGUCAGCAAGGCCCGUAACCACGGCGCCGCCGCUGCCGCUGCCGCCAAGAGUAACCAGACCCAGGGCUCCUCUGCCCCCGCCAUCGUCCGCUGCCGUCGCUGCGCCCGCGAAGCCGUCUUCGAGGACUCGCGCGCCAUUAUCUGGGAGGACGGCGAUGGUCGUCGCCACGUCGGUGGUGAUAACGUCACCAUCGUUGCUAUCCCCGGUGUGCUGAAGUUCUUGGACGUCGAGCUGGCAGCCAUGGGUAUUCGUAUGAAGUACAAGGUGGAGAAUUAA